AUGGGUGCAGAGGUUGGCACCUUCGCUGCUCAAGCUUCGUUCGAGCGAAGCAAUCUGCAGGACCUGAGCAUACUAUCCCGUGAGGUUGAUAGUUUUCUGGAGAGGUUGCCGAAGGAUGGGUCAACGAUAGAUUUGCAACCUAUGCUUUACGUCAUGGUAAGAAGUCUUGAUCCCAUGAUAUUCCUCACGCUAACACAAGGUAUCAUUCAGUUUUCAAAUUCGGCCUUGUCUUUUAUCCUCGGUCCACAUCCAUUCGAGGUGUCCGCUUCCGCCCCUCUCACCCCGGAUGAAUUCGUCAGGUCGUUUCAUGAUGGUCUUCUCUACAGUAUGUUUCGUACAGUGCUCGGGAGAGUAUGGAACAUUCUUCCACAAGCCAAAUAUAUCAACGCCUGCGUAAGGACACAUGAAUUUAUAGAUUACUAUGUGGAGAAAAUGUUUGAUGACAAUUUCACGACUGGGGUGAUAAACAAUGCGGGCUCCAGCAUGAGAAAUUUGCCGAGUUUGAUGCAGGCACUUUCAUCACCGACUAAUGACCGGGACUACAUCCGAUAUCAGGUCAUACAAGGCCUCAUGGCAGCUCAGGACACAACUUCAGAGCUAUUAACAAAUAGUUUGUUUCUCCUAGCACGUCAAUCUAAAUACUGGGAGCGCCUUCGUACCGAAGUCACCCAGCAAGCCGAUGCAUUCUUUCAGGUUGACAAAUUUACGAAGUCAACUCUAAUCAGAAAUGUUCUUUUAGAAACGCUCCGUCUGUAUCCCAUCUUCCCGCUCCUGGGCCGCAUAGCCCUCCAAGACACACAACUCCCUGUUGGCGGCGGUUCCGAUCAAAAUCAUCCGGUGUUCAUUCCGAAGGGGACGAUGGUAAUCAUUAGCUACUACGCCGUGCAUCGCAAUAACGCUGUAUUUGGGAAUGAUAUUGAUGCCUUCAGACCGGAUCUGUGGGACAGUAUUCGACCGUCCCAAUGGGAAUUCUAUGGGUUUGGCGCAGGAUAUAGGGCUUGUUUGGGGCAACAGAAGGCAAUGAUUGAGUCGUCCUAUGUGCUUGUUAGGAUGGCAUACGAGCUCGAGAAAAUUCACAGUAGGGAUAGUCGAGAGUGGAAGGGGGGGUUGAAGCUGACGUGCAAGAGCGCACACGGAUGCAAACUUGCUUUCAACUAAUGUUGACGAAUAAACAAUGAGGAUCGAAAUUAAUGUCUAAGAUAGUUUCUCAUUACUAUGAGUGAAAGAGAAUAAUCGCGUUAUAAAUUGGAACGCCUCCAAAAUCCGUAGAGUAUAUCGGGAGGGUAGCGCUGUAG